UUACACUGAGGUGGUUUCUCAGCUGCUGCGCUGACACCUCGGUGACUGGCGCUGUCACAGCUUCGGACGUGUCGCCCGCUUUCCGUCACGACUCUCGGCAAACUGCCACGAAGGGCGACGGACGCAGCCUUUGACACAAUGCAGGACCAGCAGUGAGUAGAUUCAGCAAGACAGCGUGGGGAGCGUUCUCAGCCCGAUCCCCUUUGGCGAGGAGCUCCGGCCACAUUGAGUUGCUGAGGAUACUCGGAGCGACGCUGACCCUCCCACUGCACGAUUAGAUCCCACCCGAUGCUUGUCUCAUAAAGAUGUCCAAUCAAUCGUGCACCUUCUCGAAUUCCUCGGUGACCAUCGAGCGAACUACCUUCACUGUGCUGUACAGUGUGAUCAUCGUGCUCGGCCUCUCUCUCAACGUGCUUGCCCUGUGGAUCUUCUGCGUUCACAUCCAGCAGCGAUCUGGCACCACCUUCUACAUGAUGAACCUGGCCAUGGUGGACAUCUUGUUGGUCUGCUUCUUGCCCUUCCGCAUCGUUGCUUACUACAAGGAGGACAGACCGUCGUGCGAGAUCGCCGGCAUCAUCUUCCUGAUCAACAUGUACACCAGCAUCUUCUUCCUGGCCUGCAUCAGUCUGGAUCGCUGCCUGGCCACCGUUUUGCCCUUUAAGGUGAGGAUUUACCACCUACGCAGAGCAGCGCCCUGGGUCAGUGGCUUGGUGUGGCUGCUCACUGUGGGCUGUAGCCUCCCCACCUACCUCAGAUGGAAAUUCACGCUCAACGUGACCAGUAGUUACAACUGCCUGGAGCCCAUCGUCGUCACCAAUGAACUCCCACGGAUCUUCACCCUCGCCAUCGGGUUUGGGCUUCCCUAUGGUUUGGUCCUCACCAGCUCACUCCUCGCCCUCGUGAAGAUGAGGAAGGCCAAAUUAUCGCUCACCCUGAACAUCCGCAAAACCCAGAACAUGAUCCUGGCCAAUUUCCUGGUCUUCACCUUUUGCUUCCUGCCUUACCAUGUCUUCCUGGGCCUUUACAGGAAGGAGAACAACCAUUGGAACUGCAGCAGUCGACUGCUCUUCCAGGUAACCCAGAUCCUCGCCAGUGCCAACACGGCCUUUGACCCCAUGAUCUAUUACUUCACCACAGAAGCGUUUCAGAAAACUCACUUGGUGAGGACUGCGCGCCACAUGGUUUGUUGCAAGUCCAGCACUGAGGAGCAGGAAAAAUACUCUGUGCAGUGCAGGGAGUCAUACAAGAAAUCAUCAGAAGCUUCUCUCUUUUUAUAGCAUUGCGUGAAACAAUCUGCCAAUUUUGGCUUGAUCUCUCAAACCCAAGUGUGCUGUUUCUCUGACCUUUGUUUCUGUUUUGGUUUUGAUAAUUCCUUAUCGAAAAACACCCAGAAUAUUAUCUCCUACUUCAAUUUCAGAGCAUCAGAUCCACAGUAGAGCUCCCUCUACUCCUUUGAGCGCAAGUAAAGUUUCCCCUUAUUCUUCUGAA